AUGGAUCGAAGUUGGAUGAACGCAUCACGUAUAACUGAAGAGUACGAGAAUGGUGUUGAAGAGUUUUUGCUGUUUGCUCAAAGUAAAGCGCAACCUAUGUGGGGAAAAUUUUUUUGUCCAUGUGUGAAGUGUGGAAAUGGGAGGCGCCAAACAAUUGAUGACAUAAGAACUCAUCUUAUUUGUGAGGGAAUAAUUCGUAGCUACACAAAGUGGAUAUGGCAUGGGGAAUCCCUCGAUACAGCUGACAUGUCACAGGCUGACGAUGUUACUACAAACAGCGGAAAUCCUAUAGAAGAAAUGAUUCGUGAUCUUGGGCAAGAGGGGUUUGAAGAGGCACAUGCAGCGUUGUAUGACAACAUAGAAGUUGAUUCAAAAAUGCCUUUGUAUUCCGGCUGCAUAUCUUUCACAAAAUUGUCAGCUGUGUUAGCUCUGGUUAACUUGAAGGCUCGAUUUGGGUGGAGUGACAAGAGUUUUAGUGAGUUGCUGAUGUUGUUGACAAACAUGCUUCCUGCUGAUAACAUCUUGCCAAAGAAUCACUACCAAGCAAAGAAGAUUUUAUGUCCAGUUGGGAUGCAGUACGAAAAAAUUCAUGCAUGUUGUAAUGACUGCAUUUUGUAUAGAGAUGAUUUUGCUGAACUAGAUUACUGUCCUGUGUGUGGGGUUUCUCGGUACAGACCGACCAACGGAGAUUCUACUGUACUAGUCUCAGACGCCGACCGCCGUCCAGCAAAGGUGUGUUGGUAUCUCCCAAUAAUACCAAGGUUUAAACGGUUGUUUGCUAAUGGGGAAGAUGCAAAGAACCUUAUAUGGCAUGCAAAUACUAGAAAAUCAGAUGGAUUGAUGCGACAUCCUGCAGAUAGCCCGCAAUGGAAGGCAAUUGAUCGUCUGUAUCCUGAAUUUGGGGCCGAGCCUAGAAAUUUAAGGCUUGGUCUUGCAACGGACGGAAUGAACCCAUUUGGAACCUUAACUACUAACCAUAGCUCGUGGCCCGUUUUGCUGUUCAUUUAUAAUCUCCCUCCGUGGUUGUGCAUGAAGCGAAAGUAUGUUAUGCUGAGUAUGAUGAUAGCUGGUCCAAGACAACCAGGUAAUGAUAUUGACGUAUAUCUAAGACCGUUAAUUGACGAUUUGCGGAAAUUGUGGGAUGAAGGGGUUGAUGUAUGGGACGCAAAUUUGCAGCAUGCUUUCAAGUUGCGUGCAAUGGUUUUUUGUACCAUCAAUGACUUUCCAGCCUACGGAAAUUUAAGUGGAUAUAGUGUCAAAGGACAUCACGCAUGUCCUAUAUGUGAGCAGAAUACUAGUUUCCGCCAACUUAAACAUGGAAAGAAGACUGUGUAUACUAGGCAUCGAAGAUUUCUCAAACAGUAUCAUCCGUAUCGACGCUUGAAGAAGGCAUUCGAUGGAAGUCAAGAACAUGAAACCGCGCCAAAUCCAUUUACUGGUGAUGAAGUAUAUCAGCGGGUCAAGGAUGUCGUAAAUAUGUUCGGCAAGUCCCAAAAAAAACCAUUAUCCACUUCAAACAUGUGGAAAAAGAAGUCUAUUUUCUUUGAUCUUCCGUACUGGUCCGAUCAUCAUGUUAGGCAUUGUAUAGACGUCAUGCAUGUCGAGAAAAAUGUUUGUGAUUCUUUAAUUGGGACCCUCCUAAACAUUAAAGGCAAGACAAAGGAUGGUUUCAAGUGUCGUCAAGACUUGGUUGACAUGGGUAUACGUCAAGUGUUGCAUCCUAUCUCAAAAGGUAACAGGACAUAUCUGCCCCCAGCCUGUUACACAAUGUCAACAGCUGAAAAGAGAAGUUUUUGUGAAUGCUUGCGUAAUAUCAAAGUCCCACAAGGCUACUCUUCAAACAUCAAGAGUCUUGUGUCUGUGAAUGAGCUUAAGUUGGUUGGCUUGAAAUCACAUGAUUGUCAUGUGUUAAUGCAACAACUUUUGCCUGUUGCAAUCCGCGGAACAUUGCCUGAGAAGGUCCGUGUUGCAAUCAGUCGCUUGUGUUUCAUUUUUAAUGCUAUAUGUGCCAAGGUCAUUGACCCUAAACAGUUGGAUGCUUUGGAAGAUGAGGUUGUCGUUGUCCUUUGUCAAAUGGAGAUGUUUUUCCCUCCUUCAUUUUUUGACAUUAUGGUACACUUAGUUGUUCAUCUGGUAAGGGAAAUAAGGUGUUGUGGUCCUACGUAUUUUAGAUGGAUGUAUCCAGUUGAGCGGUACAUGAAGGUCUUAAAGGGUUAUACGAAGAAUCGACAUCGACCAGAGGCCUCAAUAGUGGAAAGAUACGUUGCUGAAGAAUGCAUUGAGUUUGCCUCACAGUACAUUGACUCAUUGAAACCUGUCGGUGUUCCUGCAUCCCGGCAUGACCAGCCAAUAGCCGGCAAGGGUACUCGUGGAUACAAUAGGCUCACAAAAAACAUGUUAGAGAUAGUCACCCCAAAAUGA